UCCAGGUGAUUGUAGCUGCAGGUUGUUCUCUGAGGAUGUCACUACUGUGAUGGGUCUCUUGGGUGGACCGUUUGCCUGGAGCCCUGCUCCAUGCCAGCUCUUCCAUCGCAUGACAUUCUUUUAUAACUUAAACCAUCAGUACCUGGCCCAGAUAUUGAUGCCGAGCCGGGAUAGUUUUACCGAGCCGUCGUACGGUGGAAGUACUGGUAGGUUUUAUGUAUACCUUAGGAAUACCGCCAAGCCGAUUGACAUCACGGAGCCGGUUGACAUGAUCUAUGCCUUCUCAGAUGAGCCUGAGCUCACCUAUCAUGGGGAGUAUAACAGAGGCACAUUCAAAGUUCUUCUCCAGCAUCCUUCACAAGUCCAAUCAAGUGCAUCUGCUCCGCUAAUGUAUCAGUCGCAUCAAUGAUAUCGGAAGCUAGAGGAGAGAAAAUAGCACGCAGACGUGAAUAUAGCAUGGAUGGUGGAGACCGGAGUGUGGUCUAGAUAGCUGGCAAUUUUUUGGCAUCGCGGCUUACCUAUAGCAGUCAUCAGGGAGUAGCAAAUCUAGGGCUGUGACAUGCAGCAGCUCACCUAGACCGCUUUUAAAGGAUUGAGAAGAAGAGAGCUAUCAAAUCAGAUCUGCUGUAGCAAGCAAAUCGGGACGUUAUGGUACUUGAAGAGGUUCAGCACCUGGCACGGGUUGUCGGACCCAUACGUAUUACGUACCAGCCAGAAAGGGCUGUGGACGAUGGAUGGUGAGACGUAUACCACAUUCCCAAUUUAGGUUGUACUCCGAGGAAAUAUUGAGCCGAGUUCGAUGCCAGCUAGUUAGAAGCUGUCCAGACGAGGGAAAGAACAGGAACCGUCGUGUUUGUUACACUUUUUUUUCUACUUACUUUUUUUUCUUUAAUCUAGCAUUAUAUUGUAACCUGUAUUUGUCGGACAGUACACCCAGUAGGCGAGGAGUCAGGUGUUCAGUCAGACCCUGUUAGGUAUAAUAUAUUCAAGGGUUGCCCCCCUUUUUUAAGAGAGUUUCCACUGGCUAUUUUAUAUAUGUAUACACGCGUUGACUCAACCGUUUCGUUCCGGACUCCGUGCCGCUGCUGUUCAUGUGUGACGAUUGAACAGCAGCUGCUACUAUCAGCCGCGUCACUUCUUUACUGCAGUUCUUUCUCUGUUCUGUUCCUUUUUUAUUUUCAAAGUUCGUUCGCUGUUGCUGUGUGGAGCGCUGCGGAUUUAGUUUCAGACUUCCAGGAACCGGGAAGGCGGGGAUUGUGAUUGCUCGAGGGUCCGGAGCUCUUGCUGGAAGGUGGCAAGUAGCAAGGCCUUUGGGGCCAAAUGAGAUGAGAAAAGAAAAACACAUGUGAAGGGACGAAGGUCUUGGCUCGCCGUGCAGUGCAGGCGAAUGGUGGAGUGGACAUUGUCAUGGGAUCCAACAUGUCCAUCUGUCUGAGGAAAUAAAUGAGAUUUUGCGGA